AUGGGGCUCUGGGCAGUCCACCUCCCCCGGGGGAGCCCCUCAGCGAGUCAGUGGGCUGGGGCUCUCUGUGCCUCCACCCUCUGCAUGGGGAACGCCAUCCGGGCCCUGAUGGCCUUCGUCCCCGCCGACUGCUGCCAGAGCUACCUGGUCAGAGACCUCCGGGAGAUGCCGAAGGACAAGAUGGUGGAUCUGAGUGGGAACCAGCUCCGCCGCUUUCCCGUGCACGUGUGUUCCUUCCGGGAGCUGGUCAAGCUCUACCUGAGUGACAACCACCUUAACAGCCUGCCUCCGGAGCUGGGGCAGCUCCAGAAUCUGCAGAUCUUGGCCCUGGAUUUCAACAACUUCAAGGCUCUGCCUCAGGUGGUGUGUACUUUGAAACAGCUCUGCAUCCUCUACCUGGGUAACAACAAACUUUGCGACCUCCCCAGUGAGCUGAGCCGGCUCCAGAAUCUCCGGACCCUGUGGGUCGAGGCCAACUGCCUCACGCAGCUGCCAGAUGUUGUCUGCGAGCUUAGGCUCCUUAAGACUCUGCACGCCGGCUGCAAUGCCUUGCGUCUGCUGCCGGCCCGGCUCCAGUGCCUCCGGGAGCUGCGGACCAUCUGGCUCUCAGGCAACCUGCUGACCGACUUCCCCGCUGUGCUGCUGCACAUGCCCUUCCUGGAGGUGAUCGAUGUGGACAGGAACAGCAUCCAUUACUUCCCCAGCCUGGCCCACCUGUCAAGUCUGAAGCUGGUCAUCUAUGACCAUAAUCCUUGCAGGAAUGCACCCAAGGUGGCCAAAGGGGUGCGCCGUGUGGGAAGAUGGGCCGAGGAGACACCAGAGCCUGACCCCAGAAAGGCCAGGCGCUAUGCUUUGACCCAGGAGGAAAGCCAGGAUGGAGAGGCACUAGCCCUGCCUUCUCUACUUCUUCCUCCCAACUCCUGA